GUACAUCAUUCGUUUGAAUAAUAUUGGAAUUAGGUACCUAUUGUCUGUUCUCAUCUUUACAAAUUGUACCAAAGAGACAAGGACGGGUGAUUUUUCUCUCCAAAGAUUAGUAUAAAAUAAAAGGAAAAAUGCGAAAACUCUACAAUAUAGUUUUGGUGGUCGCAAUAAUGGUGGUAGUUGCUUUACUUGUUUUAUACCUUGUAUUUGGAACGGUUGAGCUAGGCCGCAUAGAUGGGAAGCCAAAAUUGAUCAUAGAUCAUGAUGGAGGUGCUGAUGAUGCCAUGGCAAUAUUCAUGGCUUUGUUGUAUGAAAAAUAUUAUAAUGGGCCAGAAGUAUUAGCGCUAACAACAACUCACGGAAACGUCGGUGAAGAACAAACAUACAAUAACUCUCAGAGAAUCCUCAGCGUUGCUAAUAGAAGGGAUGUGCCUAUAUUCAGAGGUAGUGCCGAGGCCUUAAUUUCCGGCGUCCCAAUGGACUACUAUUUUGGUGUUGAUGGUCUUGGAGACAACAACUUUACGAAGACUUUUAUGGCCAUUGCUGCAAAGAAAGAACACGCAGUAUUCAGCUUAAUUAACCUUUCCAAGAAAUAUAAAGAUAAGCUGGUGGUAAUUGCUCUGGGUUCCCUCACCAACAUUGCACUAGCAAUCCGAAUCGAUCCAGACUUCGUAUCAAGACUAUCGCAGCUUUAUGUUGCAGCUGGACAUAUUUACGGUGAAAAUUUCACCGAGCCAGAGUUCAACGCUGCCAUGGACGUAGAAGCAUAUCACAUAGUAGUUAACAGUGGAGAUCCAGAUAAAUUGACCAUCAUACCAUACUCUCAGAUCCUCACUUACCAAAUUAUAAGUAAGGAUUGGAGGGAGAAUGUACUCGGGUCCAUAAAAACUAAAAUAAUGCAAGCUCAGAACUCGUUUGAGAGGAUAUCAUUCGCAAGCGACAGCUUUUGGAGCCUGCUGGACCCGUCAGCAAUGGCAGUGGCUUUGAAAGAAACCGCUGUUGUGGAAGAAACUGUUUAUACACACAACAGUAUUAUUUUAUGCGGCGAUCAGCGAGGUAUAAAUACAAAUAAUUUCACAUCCAAGGAAGAGGCAAACGCACGCUUAAUAUUCCGAGUAAAUAAGGAACCAUACAAACAAUUCCUAUACAAAUUGUUCUCCUCAGAUUUAGAAAAGCUUUAAUAUUUUGAAAAAGUUUCAAGUAUAUUAAUAAAUAAUAAAAAAGACAAACUAUGAGAGUACCUUUAACUGUGAAGUAAAUAAAUAAAAUAU